AUGUCUUCCGAUCACCAUAGUGAGUGUCAGAUUACCCAAGCUCAGCAUCAAAGCCAAGGUGCCGAACAGACAAAUGUUCCAGUCACCGCUGAUCCCUCGUCUCCCAAGAGCUUGUCAGACCAGCCUGCCGCUGUCGCCCAGCAGAGCAACGAUGCUAUAGCACCUGUCACUGAUGCUUCCACCCUUGGGGCCAAGGACGAUGCUACCAUCACUGUCGAUAGUGCCGACCCACUGGGUUACGCACGCCAUCGCCGAGAGGACAUGUCUGAGAAGCAGCUGAAGGCUGAACACCCGCUCGCCAAGCCCAGGCACAUGAAGAAAUUCUACAACAGGCAAAACACUCUGAUUGAUCAAUUCCUCCAAAGUGGUGACGAAGAACGGCUAGCUGCUCUCGAUCAUCUCGAGAAUGGACCAAAGGUCAAGUUCGCCGUUAAUGCUUCUUUCACGGUGAACUUCUUCCUCUUCAUCAUUCAGAUGUAUGCAGCCAUCUCCACGGGCUCGCUGUCUUUGUUUGCAACCGCUGCCGAUGCUUUCAUGGAUCUAGUAUCGUCCGUUGUCAUGCUUACCACGUCUCGGAUGGCUGCAAGGCCAAGCGUCUACAAGUAUCCUGUCGGACGAACACGCAUUGAAACGAUCGGUAUCAUUAUGUUCUGUUGUUUGAUGACAACUGUCGCGAUUCAGCUCAUCAUCGAAUCUGGUCGCGCGCUUGGGGGUGGAGCCAAAGAGUCUGAGGAGCUACACCUCAUCCCAAUCAUCUUCGUGUCCGUUGCUAUCUUCUCGAAGGGCUCGCUUUGCAUCUUCUGCUUCAUCUUCCGCCGCUACCCUGCCGUGCAUGUUUUCUUCAUCGACCACCGUAACGACAUUGUUGUCAACGCCUUUGGCUUGGCCAUGUCUAUUGUCGGUAGCCGUGUAGCUUGGUAUGCGGAUCCAAUCGGUGCGAUCCUCAUCGGACUCUUGAUCUUGGUUUCAUGGGCCGCGAACGCAUUUGACCAUGUUUGGCUUCUUGUUGGAAAGUCGGCGCCUAAGGAAUUCAUUUCCAAGCUUAUCUACCUUGUCGUUACGCACGAUACGCGAAUCACUAAGGUGGAUACGUGCCGAGCCUACCACGCUGGGCAGAAUUAUUAUGUCGAGGUCGACGUGGUAAUGGAUGAGGACCUGCCAUUGAAGGUCACUCAUGAUGUAAGCCAGACAUUGCAGCGAAAGCUCGAAGGCUUGGCUGAUGUCGAACGUGCCUAUGUCCACGUAGACUACGAGGGCCAUCACGAUAUUCACGAGGAGCACAAGCCUUUGUACGAGGUCACUCAAAAGCGCACCAUCAAGGAGCGUGCUAAGGCCUUGUUCUUCUUGUUUGGAAAGAAGAAGGACUCCGCCGCUACUGCCUGA